AUGGAUUUGUAUCGUAGUAAACGAGAGAAAUUGGAAUUACUCGAUGAGGCGUUGAGAUCAUUCGAUGGGAAUGCUAUCACUGCGGUGAUUCUCUUCCUAAGACGUUCAUUAUCGGAAUCUCUUUUUCGAGAGAUUUUGUUGGAAAAAAGUGUGGCCGCUGAUCAUUAUGUUGCGUAUUUGAAAGAAGUUGAAGAUUUCGAUCAGUUAGCAACAACACUUUUGUAUGUGCAUUCAAUGUUGUCUUGUCAGAUUGAAUUUUCUAUCCUCUCAUCUAACAUUCGCAUCUCCUAUUUCACCACCGUUGAUUGCUCUAAAUUUAAGGCAGCAGAUGAAUCAGGAAUAAAAAUGGGUCGUUUGGAUGUAUUCAAAGAAUUCCCGAAAUCGAUCUCGUUGAUCGGUCAACCGCUUCUGUCAACAUUGUAUUAUUGUUGUCUAUAUCAUUACGACCUUCCAGUGAACGCUUUCGCGAGUCCAUUAUCGCUGAAGGAGGUGUUCCAAAUUUGCGAAAAACAGUACGUUUGGAUGGCUGUUUCGGCGUUGAGUCGUACGAACAGGUGGACUGAUAUUGAACGACUGCUGACCAGUAAAAAACUAUUGGGUGGAAGCAAAAUUGUGUGUCCUUUUGGUUGGCGGCGACUAUUCGAUCUUCUGACAGCCGAUCGCCUUCCUCCCAAAGAUGUAAUUUUUCUGUUUUUAAUUAGAAUUCUGCUCAAUUUCUUUCAUCGUCUUCGCAAAAUACUAUUUGUUUGCUCACACUCAAAUCAAAAGUAG